AUGGAGAGAACGAGACAGCAAGUACCCCAAGCAACUCCCAAGGUUGGCUCCAGGGCCAGAGCCAUCUUCGGCCCCAAGACUCCCUCCGCAAAGCCCCACCCCCUCAGCUCCCACAAUUCCAAUACCCACGACGUCCCUGCUCUUCCCCACGGCAUCUCUCCCAAAGACGGCAUGAGCUCGGUAAAGCUCAAAAUCAAGAGUUCCACGACGCCUGAGGCACGGUCGAGGGUGUUGGUGAAACCGAUGGGGUCAAAGCUGCCUGGUGCAGGUAGCCGUCCUGUGGCGACACCGUCCAUGAAACUGGUCACCAAAACGCCCCAAGCAAGACACGAAGACGUCUUUGCCGACCAGUGGAUGAGUGCGCCUGCGGAAGCUUCCGACGCUAUUAUGCCUGCCUAUGACGAAUAUCAGCAGGACCUUGCGGAGACAGAAGCUGUUCAGGUCUCGAUCAGGGUGCGACCAGCGAACGAUAUGGAACUCAGAACCGACUCGAGGUGUGUAUGGACCAUGCCCGACCAUGACCCGCAUGUCUUGAAGUUGGCGAAGGGAACAGAAGGCAGUCGUGAAGACCGUGAUUGGCUGUUUGACCGGAUCCUCCAACCCCACUGCAACAACUCCAACGCAUACCAUACUUCUGCGAGAACACAUGUUCGAUCUGCCAUGGAAGGGUACAAUGCCGUCAUCUUUGCAUAUGGACAAACAGCUUCCGGUAAAACCCACACUCUCACAGGAUCUCCCUCAGAGCCUGGUAUCAUCCCUCUGGCCAUUUCCGACCUUUUCUCGCAAAUUCGGUCCACACCGGAUAGAGAGUAUCUUCUCCGAGCGUCCUACAUUGAACUCUAUAAUGAGACCAUCUUCGAUCUUCUUCACCCCAACCACGGGCACGAGCUGCAUUUGAGCGAGACCAAGAAGGGUAUCACUAUCAACGGUCUCACAGAGUCGCCCGUGAGGAACGAGUACGAUGUAACGCAGCUGUUGAGAUCAGGAGAGGAGAAGAGGAGAGUCGGCGCUACCGAUUGGAAUUCUCGAAGUUCCCGAAGUCACUGUGUUUUCAGAAUUUCUAUCGAAUCCAGAGCAAGAAGCUCAUCGGGCGAAGAGACUCCCAGGACCCCGGGACGCGGCGACAAGACUACUAGGAGCAGUACACUCUCCAUCAUCGAUCUUGCCGGCUCCGAGAAGCACACAUCAUCCAAAGAGAGGAAUGCAGAAGGUCGCCAUAUCAACCAGUCGCUGUUGACUUUGAAGUUGGUGAUCUCGAAGCUUGCGGAUCUGGCGUCAAAACGCAACGUGACACAUAUUCCUUACCGUGACAGUAAACUCACACGUCUCUUACAAAACUCGCUCUCCGGCGAUGCUCUCAUAUCAGUCAUCUGUACCGUCUCCCCCUCAGGACUGAACCUCGCCGAGUCAAUAUCUACACUGGCAUUCGCUCAAGGUCUCAAACGAGUGGUCCUCAAGGCUCAGAAGAAGGAGGUCGUUGAUCCUCAUGCUCUGAUUCAGCAGUACCAAAAUGAGAUCGCUGAGCUCAAAGCGCAAUUGGCGGCCAAGGACGCUGGGGCCGGUACCGUUGGGUCGAAGGCCUCGAAGAAUGAGAAGGAGAACAAUGAGGCUAUGGAGAAGAGGCUGAACGAGCUCAAGAGUAUGAUCUUGACGUCUGUCAAUGUUAAAUCGCCAAACCUUGGCGAUCAAGCGAUGAUGCCUCCUGCUAGUCCGGCCAAGAUGAAAUACCCAAAACUCGAUUACGGCCGACCCUCCGCCGAGCUUCAGGAAGAGCUUCAUGCCGAGCAGCUUUGUCGAGCUGAGCUGGAAGACGAAGUUGCCCGUCUGAGGGCAGAGCUUGCUACCCGACCACUGGAGCCUAACGCCCAUAUUGUCCAGCUUCAGAAUGAGGUCAGCGAGCUCAAGCUCAUUGCAGACGACUACGAGCGCCAUCUCCUCGAGCCUUCCCGAAAAGUCCGGGAGGAUGUCGAGAAAGAAUUCAGGUCAAAGAUGAAGACACUCGAGAACCAACUGGACAGCAAGAAGAUCUGGGCAAACAGGUUGGACGAGAAUGUGCGAUUCUUGAGCACUGAAAACAAACAGUUGAAGGCUCGAUCCGUCGAGGCCGAAGCCAAGGUGUCCCAAAUCAUCGAGUGGAUCAAUCUUGCCCUUCUUCCUCCUGGCAUGGCCACUGCCUCUAGUGCCGAUCAACCACUCGAAUCCCUCGUCGUAUCUGACGACUUUUCUCCCGUCCCCUCCGUCAACACAUCUGCCAAGAACACCUUGACCCUCUCUGCAUCCAAGAUGCGAGCAACAUUCAGUCAGAUGGACUUGGCAAAUUUCAACGACAAGUUUGGCACCCUGACCAUGGGCGGCAACGGCGGGAGGGGUUUGGGUAGCGAUUUGGUUCGUGAGGAAAGCCAUUUUGACUUGGCAGAGGUAGCAAGUGACGACGAGGCUUUUUGA